GAAGCGGACUGUUCAUACUUCGUCUGCCAAGAAGACUGAGAAGGUUGAAGGAGCAGAAGCUUUAGAGACACUGGUGAAGGUUGUCAAAGAGAGCAGAUAUCAUCAGACUGGUUUUAGUGCAGCAAAGCUCCCACCACGCCGUGCUGCCAGUAUGACCACAAGACUCAACAUCGUGCUGAUAGGCAAGACUGGCAAUGGCAAAAGUGAUACUGGAAACAGCAUCAUAGACGAAAAAGGGUUCGGGUUCAGUGAUGCUUCCUAUUCCAAGACAACGAGAGUGGACGUCCGCACCUCAAUUAUAGGGCCAUACAACAUCAGAGUCGUGGACACACCUGGGCUAAGAGAAACUAGAUUUCUAGAAAGCUCCCCUGGAAGGAUGUUAGACUACUUGAAGACGGCCCUUUCAGUGUGCCACGAUGAAAUACACCUUUUCCUCGUGGUGUUGAUUUUUGGAAAUCCCUUUGAAGCGGAAGACCUUGGGGUGGUGAAAGAUUUAUUUAAGUCGGAUAACGCAGACGAGAUGUGGAAACGGACUGCUGUCCUUUUCACCCAUGGUCGAGAGUUCGAAAUGAGAUAUGGCAACAGUCCCAGGGCAUUUCAGUCUUGGUGUAAGGCACAAACCGGUGAACUCGGUAAACUGUUAAAAAGUGUAUAUUACAGAUGCUUGUUGUUUGAAAAUUUACAACCUGAUCAACAAAGAAAGCAGGAACAACAACAGGAAGUCCUCAACAUGGCUAACGACGUUCGUAUGAAGGAGGGUCCUUUCACUGCGGAAGUUCUUAAAGAACCAUCAUGUUGCAAUAUCCUUUAAGCAAAGCCCACUGUACUGUUUACUAAUGUUCUGUGUUGCACGACAUACAUCACGCGAGUAUGCUGCUGUUCAUUACAUCCAUCUGCCGUCAGUUAAUGCCACAUGCACUGCAUGUCGUCCUAGACAUGGAUAUCAUUUGUUAUUUUUAUACCAGUUUUUUUCAGUGCCGAUUUUGACAGUUUCCUUUGUUUUCUUUUCGACUCACAUAUUGGCAUUUCACUAUAGUCGUUUUUUCCUUCAUUGUAAUAUUGAGCCCUAUCAAUGUUUGGAAUUAUUAUUGCUUUUGAAAUAAUUCUAGCUUACAUCACUUAACUUUUAAAUAUUCCGAGCAAGUAAAUUUGCUAGUCGACGACCCAAAGACAGUGCCGAGUUUGUCCUGGUCUAAGCAGAAACUAAGAAUGAUACAUUGUAUAAUUGAUUUUGAAAAGUCUUUUGGUAGGCCCUAUAUGUUUUUCACAAAGCGAUUUUGAAACAAAACUAACAAAAUAUCGAAAAAAACAAUAACGACAACAAAAACAUCCUCUACAAAAACAAUAAAAACAACAAAAAAGGCCCCGUAUGAAAUACCAAGGGUGUGUACAUGUUGCAAAGUAUACUUUUUAUUUUACUAUUUUCAGUGAUAAUGCUUUGGUUAUAUCUUGAUAGAUAAGCGCUGAAUUGUAAUUAAGGCUUUUGUAGGUUAUGAACCCGCAAUUCUGAAAGACUGGAAGAAAUAAGUAGAGUUAACUAGUUAAAAUGACUUAUUUCAUAGUUAUAUCUGAAACCAUCACUUUUAAACAUUCUGUUUGUUUUUGAACCGGAAGGUCCUGAAAAAAUAAGAUUUUUGCUUUGUGAAUCUGGUUUGUUCGUAACAAGAUUUCAUGUACAGUCAAACCUCACUAUACCGCCUACCUUGGGACGAGCAUGAAGUUGGCGGUACAGCGGGGCUGGCGGCAUAACGCGGUAUAACAAUCUUGACUAGAUCUAGUGGUAGAGACUAGAUACAAAUUUGCCAUGCCCAGGGAAAAACGAGUAGCAACCAAUUGCGUGUUCAGCUCCAGCUGAACUAUAUGUAAAUUCAAAUAAAAGUUUCUGCUGGAUCAGAAGCUAGGUUAUAACAUUAUGUGUCAAGGACCACGAAGACGUAAUAUUUUAAACCCGUUACUCGUCAGUCCUCUGGCCGCCUCAAACCUUUCACGUAAUAUUGUGAAUCCUCACAAGCCUCAUAGACGCCCGCCAGCCUUUUGGUCAUUGGGCUCAUAUUUAACGAAGCUAAAUAUAUUGCCGACAGGCGGAAGUGGCUCAGUACCUUUGAAGUUUCUCCAAGAGACUUUACAAUUUCAUUUCAACUUUUGAAUCAUAGUAUUGGCCAAAGCCUAGAAAUAAUAGUAUAUUCAUAAUGAGUGCAAAUCAAGAGAAAAUCGGCGAAAAAAUAGUGUUAAAAGUAAGCCGAACUCGCAGAGACGACUUUGGGAAAGAGAUAAUCAAGCAGCCACUAAGUGAGUGCCGUGUGGCGUGUGUAGUGUGUUCCUGUGAAGCCCAAUUUUCUGGCGGUAUAACGGGGCAAAUGUGUUAAUUUAAUGUAGACUACAACUCAGACAGUUGGCGGAUGGCGGUGUAAUUGCACAAAUACUAUGUUUAUAUAGGCGUUCCUUCUCGUACGUUGACAAAACCUGGCGGUAAACGGGACUGGCAGUAUGGCGGGGGAGGAAGGCCUACAAUGAGGUUUGACUGUUCUAUUUUAGAAUAUUUUAAAAAUCUAAUUUUUAUACAGCUCACAAGAAAACAUGUAACAUCAUGGAUAAAUUAUCAUAACUUGAUCUUUCUAGAUUUUAGAGUAUACCGUCUACUGCAAUGUGACUGAUUGGAUAAUGAGCAUCGUCUCUCAUAAAAACGGUCAAGUUUAAAAUGUCUUUGAGUGGAUGGUUCUGGGGGGGGGGGGGUGUCCAUGGGCAAAGCAUAUUCAUAGCUCAAUAACAUCGAGCUAAACCACAACCACAAUACACAGUGUUGUUAUCAAUAAUUUUAUAUCAUUGAAGGAUAUUUCCAUGCUUGUCUCAUAAUCAGAUGCGCCUGUCAUUACAAAGUGAACAAUGCUUUGGAGACCAAUAAAGUUUUGCUUUUUUCUUGUC